UUCUCUGAGAUUUAGGCAAAAAUGAAUGCAGCAUUUUCUUACCAAACAAUACUCCCUUCCAUCAAAAAAUGCAACUGCAUAUCUAUUUCAGGAAACAACACAAAAAACAGCAGUGCAAGAGCAGCCAUAGCUAUUCCCAAAACAAGAAAAAAACAUAGUAUUUCUCAGACAGAACUCUUAUCAGUCCAUGGAACUGCUUCCACCGAUCUUUUCGUGCAUGAGAUUGUCGAGAGGCAGACGAGGAAGGCUGAGACGACAGCGUUCGAUCUCUGUCAAAACCCUAGUUUCCACCCGGUGUUCCUUGAAGAAGCCUAUGAGAGAUGUAGAGAUUUGUGUGCUGAAUAUGCCAAGACAUUUUAUCUAGGAACACAGUUGAUGACUGAGGAAAGAAAGAAGGCAAUAUGGGCUAUUUAUGUGUGGUGUAGGAGGACUGAUGAGCUGGUUGAUGGGCCAAACUCUGCACAUCUAAGCUCAACACUUGAUAGAUGGGAAGAGAGAUUAGAUGACAUCUUCAACGGUCGUCCCUACGACAUGCUUGAUGCUGCCCUAACCGAUACUCUCUACAAAUUCCCAUUAGACAUUAAGCCUUUCAAGGACAUGAUCGAAGGGAUGAGAAUGGAUACGAGGAAAGACCGGUAUGCAAACUUCGAAGAGCUUUACAUGUAUUGCUACUGCGUGGCCGGGACCGUUGGCCUGAUGAGUGUUCCUGUCAUGGGAAUUGCACCCGAGUCGUUGCUGUCGGAUCAUAGGAUUUAUAAUGCAGCUUUGUGUUUAGGGAUUGGGAAUCAGCUUACUAACAUUCUUAGAGAUGUUGGAGAAGAUGCAUCAAGAGGGAGGGUUUAUCUUCCACAAGAUGAAAUGGCUGAGUUUGGAAUAUCAGACAAGGAUGUUUUCUCAAGAAAGGUGACAGAUGGUUGGAGGGAGUUCAUGAAAGAGCAGAUCACGAGAGCAAGAUUCUACUUCGACCUGGCGGAGGAGGGAGCUACACAGCUACACGAGGCUAGCCGUUGGCCGGUUUGGUCCGCGUUGAUGUUGUAUCGUAUGAUCUUGGACUCGAUCGAGAGCAAUGGCUAUGAUAACCUGACAAAACGAGCAUACGUGGGCAGAGCCAAGAAACUGCUCACCUUGCCUGUAGCAUUCGGUAGAUCCCUGCAAACAAAACCAAGUAUAGUUCUCUCAUAAGAGAAAAGAGUGAGUGAGAGAGAGAAAGAGAGAGAGUCACAAACAAUUCCUUCUGUAGAUUUGCUGUUGUUCAUAUAUACAUAUACUGGAAUCUGAUAUAUGAUAUAAAC